AUGAAGACGAUAUGCUCAGUCUUGGUCGUAGCAGUAUGUGGCCUUGUAAUAUCCGCAAAUGAAGAUGCUAAGCGGCUAUAUGAUGACCUUAUGGUCAACUACAACAAACACAGAAGGCCGGCCAGAAGUCCGACGGAGGCGGUGACCAUAUUUUUGAAGUUGAGGCUGUCGCAAAUUAUUGAUGUGGUAAGUAAGGUGCUUCUUUUGUAAGCAUAGCCUCUCAGCAUGAGCUCGAUCAAACGAUGACUUGUUCCGUGUGGCUUCGACAGGAAUGGAAUGACCACAAGUUAUCAUGGGACCCUCAAAAUUACGGAGGCGUCUCCGUUCUCUACGUUCCAUACGAAAUGAUAUGGGUGCCAGACAUUGUACUGUAUCAAAGGUAGAUUUGAGGUCAUUCAACAUUAUUGCCUUUUGAGUUUAGUGCAGAUAGCAAUUACAACAUUACGAUUAGCACGAAAGCGACGUUACAUUACACUGGAAGAGUGAUCUGGGAGCCUCCGGCGAUCUUCACUUCACUUUGUCAAAUUGAUAUUUUGUGGUAAGGCAAAGGAGGAUCUGAAUGUUUUAUGCGGAGCCAAGGCUAUUUUAGCUCCACCUGUUCAAUAGGAAAAGUUUUUCUUUAAGUUUGUGCGAAAAUCCCCUGGUAUUUUACCUUAUUUCAGGUUCCCGUUUGACGAGCAAGAAUGUCAGCUGAAAUUUGGCUCUUGGACAUAUCCCGAGAGCCUGUUGAAGGUCCAAUUAUUGGAUACAGCGGCCGUUGAAGUGGAGGAAAUCAAUGAGAAAGGGGAGAAAGAAAACGUAACAGUUGUGGAGAAUGGAAUCGGCAAGUAGCUUAUGCACAUGAUGACCGAUUUCAAAAUUCAGAUUUAAGCGACUAUUAUCCCUCUGUGGAAUGGGACAUAAUGUCGAGAAAGGCGCGGCAAAGAGCCAAGACCUAUCAGAGUUGUUGUCCGGACUCUGGAGCUUUUGUGGAGGUCAAUGUAAGUUCACAAAAUGUUAAUUAUUUGUUACGGACGGCAAAAAAUAUAGCUUCUCUUUCUUCUAAUUUUGUUUCAGUUCUACCUCCUCCUCCGACGUCAGCCUUUAUUCUACACUGUGAACUUGGUAUUCCCAUGCGUUGGAAUCUCUUUCCUGACCAUUUUGGUGUUCUACUUGCCAGCGGAAUCCGGGGAAAAAGUCUCGUUGUGUAUCAAUAUUUUGGUCGCUCUCACCAUGUUCUUCUUGCUCUUGGUAAGCCAUAAAAAGGAUCUAUCCACGCUCUUGGAGCUGAUACCAAACUUUUAGACCUUUCAUCGAUGAGGUCACCACGUGAUACGAUAUGUAAUUUACAACCUCAAACCCUCGUCUGUUCCUAGAAUAUUUAUUUUCAGAUCGAAAUCAUCCCUGCCAACAGUAUUACCUUGCCAUUCGUCGGAAAGUAUUUAUUAUUCACUAUGAUAAUGGUGACAAUGAGCGUCUUUGUCACGGUGGUCUGUAAGUUUGAACUUACGAACUCUCUCGCUGCAAUGAUCGUUGAAUAAAAGAAAGAUUACAGCCAACAAACUAGAGGCUCUUUAAAUCUUGCGAGCCCUUAAAUUUUAGCUGGCGGCCUGCUGAAGCAACCCAGAUAUUCAGCAAUUUUUGCAGACGAGAGAUUAUAGUGGUUAAAGAAGAGUAUAUGUAUAUUAGUGUCUUGCCAAGUCUUUUUUUCCACUGCAUAUUGAAAGAAUUUAUCUUUUUUGCAGAGAUCUCCUCUUCUCCAAAGGCUUUAUGUCAAUUUUUCAGCGCUACAACUGCAUUUCCGCAAACCCACCACACAUAUAAUGGGCGAAACCACCAAGAAAAUAUUUCUUCGUUGGUUGCCCAAGGUUCUAUUCAUGCGACGCCCGCUCAGCGAGAAUAAUGAGUCGCUGAGGCAUGGGGAUUCAAAGAAAUACAACACGAAAGGUAAUAGUUUCGUAAAAAAAAUGAGCUCACUUCAAGGCGAGAAAAUAGUGAUAAAUUACCAUGAACAUCGGGUCUCCCGUGACCUCACGAUAAGAACCACGGCCAAGCACAGCUCCGCGAAUCGGGAAAUCCAAGACAUUUACAACUCUCCGCCAGUCUUGAAGUCGUUUGAAAACGUCUGUUUCAUCGCUGAACUGUUGAAGAAAAAGGAUCGGGAUGACAAAGUAGGUUGUGUAAAACACUGUAUUUUAUUGUGCAAGUGUUUUUUUUUUUGAAAUGAUAGGAUCUUAAAAAAUGAAAAAAGGCUUUUUGUCGAAGAAUAAAUGGGGAAUUUUUUGGGCGAGAGUAUUGCGCGUCUUUUCUCUGACUUAUCUGUAAAAAUCAAGACGAUGUGUAAAAAACCGAUAGCGAAGAGACUGAAAAAUUAAAAAAUAAACAAAAGUUUCGGCCGUUGUCCCCAGCUUCGGCCGCUGAGAACACUUUUUCUCUCUCAGGCUUCAAUUUCAGGUCGAUGAAGACUGGAAGUACGUGGCGAUGGUGCUGGACCGUCUUUUCUUGAUCAUCUUCUCGAUCGUUUGUUUCGUGGGCACGGGUGUGAUUCUGAUGCAAGCCCCCACUUUCUGGGACGAACGACAGCCCGUCCCGCUUGUCGUUCGGGAAAACAACUACACUGCCGACCCAGUCAAUCAUUUCCGGUUGUUUUGA